CAGCGACGCUGCGUGAAGCGUUCCGAGCAGCAUGAUUGAACCGCAACCGUACACGGUCCCGUCAUCCCCUCGUGACGAGACGAACGCAAAGACGAACAGUGGUAGUCGAGCGGACGUAGCGUGCGUGCACUUGUGCUGCAAACGCGAAGCAAAGUGGACACAAUUCGACAAUUAUAAGCACACAGUGAACGGAAUAUAAAUAGCGAGUACCGACGACCAAGGAGAUGUAUCUUGCACUAGAGGAAUGAAGAUAAACGAAAAUAGGGGGGUCACGAUCUUAUUAUUCGAGUUCGCGUGGGUCGGUACGCUCGGUUACGAUUAAGUAACAACACGCAAGUUGAUAGUCGCCUAGUAACAUCGAAGUAUCAUCUUGAUCAAAUAGCCGCUUCUGGCGCUUCGGUUCGAAUCUCCCGCCGUGCAGAGCGCCAAUCCUCAAACACCGUGGCAAUAGGUGCAUACCCACCAAUCGUUCGUGAUGCUGCACACGAGGAUCCUCGCCGUUGCCGCAGCAUCGCCUGUCCCGAUCGAAAAUCUCUUCCCGUCGUGGUUGUUACACAGAUUCGGCAGCCAUGUUCUGGUCAAACGUUCGAUUGGUGAUCGUGCCCUUAACCGUGGCCAAAUGUCGCGCGAAGUUAUGCUCAAGAAUUACAUGAAGACACGUGAAAAAUAUAAGUCAAAGAAACUUCCGCAAGAUGUGAACCCAAAAGGAGUAUUCGCCUGUAACGAACUCGACUUUAAAGAAGUCCAAGUCUAUGGAUUCGAUUACGAUUACACGUUGGCCUGUUACACGCCAUCCAUGGAUUACCUGCUCUACAACCUCGGCCGCGACAUGCUCAUUCAGAAGUACAAGUACCCCGAGGGAAUCGGCAAGCUGGAGUACAAGAAGGAUUUCGCUGUUCGUGGCCUCCAUUACGACAUCGAAAAGGGUCUGCUGCUGAAACUCGACAGCUUCCUGCAAAUUCAAUUUGGCACCGUUUACCGUGGUUUACAUCCACUCCCUGACGACGAAAUCCUUAGGCUCUAUAAAAACCGGAUAAUACCGAUUGCUUACGUAGAAGCGCCUCAUAAGCAUUCUCAUAAAGAUCCACCGCACCGAACAAAAAUGGUUCAAUUGGCUGAUUUAUUCUCGGUACCGGAAAUGGGUCUUCUUUGCAACGUUACGGAAUACUUUCUUAAUAACCAUAUCGACUAUCAUCCUGAAAUACUCUUUAGAGAUGUGAAGAACUCUGUAAAAAUGUGUCAUCCUAUUAUGCACGGAAUGGUAGUAAAAAAUGUAUCCGAAUAUUUGGAACAGAAUAGAGAUUUAAAGACAUUCUUCGAUCGACUAAAGGCAGCUAAGAAAAAUAUGUUUCUCGUGACCAAUAGUCCUUUUCAUUUUGUUGAUGUUGGAAUGAAAUUCUUGGUUGGUGAUAACUGGAAAGAUUAUUUCGAUGUAGUGAUAGUUCAAGCAAGGAAACCGAAAUUCUUUACUGAAGAAUCCCGACCUCUGAGAAUAUACGACGAAGUGAACAAAACGCAGCUAUGGGAUCGAGUCACUAAACUCGAAAAGGGCGUUACAUAUCUUGAAGGCACGGUUAAACAAUUGCAAGACAUGACCGGUUGGCGAGGACAACAAGUAUUAUAUUUUGGAGACCAUCCUUAUAGCGAUUUAGCAGAUGUAACUUUGGAACACGGUUGGCGGACUGGAGCCAUAAUAAAAGAAUUAACGCACGAAAUUACAACAUUAAAUAAUCCAAAAUUCAAAGAAAAUGCCAACUGGUUACAAAUGCUGACAGGAUUGAUCGAAGAACAUCAAGAUUAUGAAGGACCAGAUGUGGAAGCAGUACUAGAAGAAUGGAUCAAUGAAAGGGAUAGAUUAAGAAAUGAGAUAAAACGAGUAUUUAAUAAGCAAUUUGGCUCUGUAUUUAGAACAUAUCAUAACCCUACAUAUUUUUCGAGGAGACUUUUUAGGUUUGCCGAUAUUUAUAUGAGCGCGAUUACAAAUCUGUUAGAAUACUCAACAAGUCAUACCUUUUAUCCAAGAAGAGGUGUAAUGCCACAUGAAUACACAAGUUACUUUGUAUAAAGUAUAAUUUGUACAUUUAGGUUUCGAAUUAGAUACAUUUAUCGUUUUGAAACAUCAAAAGCU